UGAAUUGGUAAGUGAAGUGAACUUAUUUAAUGAGAGAAGACGUUUCAACAUCCACGACAGUACAGGGAAACUGUCUAAAAUGAAUACAAGGACUCUCUGAGACAACUUUUUUUUCCUUUUAGGUUAAAUUAACAUCCGUUUCAAGUCUCUGUAUCUUCUCAUCAGCAUGGCAGAGCCUGCUGAGCUGCUGCUCAUCAGAGACCAGUAUGAGUUGGCGUUUCAGUCUCUGAGCCGUGGCCUGGCAGCUGAAGAAGCCGGGAAAAAAAUGGAGGCCCUGGAGUAUUACAGGAAAGGUCACCAACACCUUACCCAAGGAGUGGAGAUCCCCACUAGGGGGGCAAGGCAGCAUGGAGCGACGUGGGACAUGGCCAGACAGCUUCAGCAGAAGAUGAGAAACACGCUGCAGACGGUCAACACCCACCUCUCUGACAUGGAGACCUCUCAGCAAAAAACAGGAUUACAGAGAGGCCAUCUAUUAAAGGAUCUUCAGCCUCCCCAAAGCUCCCUACACCACCUCUACCCAAGACUACCUGCUACCAACCAGAAUACAAUCCCAACCCCUAGAACGCCCCCUCCCAGGCCUCCCUCCCCUGCUGUUCUGCACACAUGCACAGUCCCUGCAGCCGUGCCAGGAACAACAGCCAUGGCAAAUACAGGGGAACAACCUCCGGCAUAUACACUGGCGCCAACAGCCGGCCAUCGCAGCCUGGCUUGUGGUCCUGCUGGAGGGAGCCUCCAGACUGGAGCCACUGGAGGAAGAGAUGGACAUGAGCUGCUUUUAAUCCAUUCAGGGGUGCAGAUGUUUUUCGUGGCACCAAAUGGACAGGUCAGCUCCCUGUCUUAUCCAGGCUUCCUUCGCAUCAUUACAUUUGACAACCAGCAAAAGGAUUUCACAGCAGGAAGGCCCUCAGCAUUUAUACAUGUGUGUGACUGGCUGUACCCGCUGACAACAGACACCCCAGUCCUUCUGGCUAAUUCUGGGAUCUACAUGUUCCCUGACUGUCUGUCCGAGUCUCCAGGGUCCUACGUGGGUUUAGUGUUGUCCUCUGAACUGCCAACUGCUGACAGAGAGAUGUUCCAGGACAUGCUGUCGCAGCUGGCUGACCUCAGAAUCCAGGGUCCAGAGGGGUCGGGGUCACAAGUUAUCAACCUGAGUGAGAAAAUCCCCCUUGGUACCCCAAAAGAUGAUCAAACAGUGCUGAGCGUGCCCGCAGGGGAGAAGGGAAAACUACUUCCUGGAUGGAGUGAGAAGAUGGCACAAGGAAUCUUGUCAGGCGCUACAAAGUUGAGUGUAGGGUUUGUUAAAGGAGCAGAGGCAACUGGAAGGGCCAUUCAUAAAGGAGCAGCCAAGAUCCGGGACCACAUCACUCCUGAGGACACUCCUACAGAGGUCAGCCCCCGUGUCACCAAAAGUCUUCAGGUGGCUAAAACGGCCAGCGGGGGCGCUGUUCGGGUCAGCCAAUUCAUGGUUGAUGGAGUCAGUGCAGUGGCAGGACAUGUGGCAGAGAAGAUGGCACCACAUGUGAAGAAACAUGGUGCUAAACUCGUCCCAGAGUCUAUGAAGAGUAAAGAUGGCCGCCCUUCCAACUUGGAUGGAGCCAAGUUAGUGGCAGUCAGCAGUGUACAAGGUUUCUCUACUAUUUGGACUAGUCUGGAGACCGGAGCAAAGCUUAUUGGCAAAAGCGUUACAGCAGAGACUGUCAAUAUUGUGACAUAUAAGUAUGGUAAUGAUGCAGGUGCAGCCACAGGCACUGGUCUCAAGUCAGCGAUCAAUGUUGGUGUUACUGCGCACAACAUCGACAAUCUGGGAAUUAAAGCCAUCCUGAAGACCGCAGGCAAGCAGACUGCCAAGGCCAUGGUGAAAAGCCCAGGUGAAAAGCCAGGAGACAUUGAGAUGAAGGAGGCCCAGAAAAGAGAACAUCAGCCAGAGAAGAAUACAGAGGAAUUAAAGAAAGAAGAGGACGAGAAGAAAAAAAAAUGUUAAAAUAAUUUAAAACUUGGAGUAAGUCUGAGUCAGAAUUACAUUUUUAUUCUUUUUUUAAAGUUAUUAAUGUCUCUAGGUCAAGGUAACAGGGCAACAAUACUUAAAUUCUGAAACUACAGUACUUGUUUUUGUGGUAGUAUUUUAACCUGUCAUAGCUACUGAAAUGUAUUUUAGUCAAUUUUCUGUGCUUGUUUUCAUUUAGAUUCAUAGCUUUAACAGUAAAAGGUUAACGUGUUGAUUCUACACAUGCAUUGGAAUGCAUAGAUGGGUUUGAAAAUGGCCAUAAUGUAAAAUAAAACAAAUGCAGUACAUAAAGAAAUGUUAAUACCACAUUUUAACUACUAUUAUAAAUACCUUUUUUUUUACAAGGAAUGUUUAAUGAAAGUUAGCCUAAUUCGGAGAUGAAGUUAUAUUUCAUGCUAAUAAAGCGUGAAAUGAGCUUUAUCAAAUGGCUUGAAAUGUACAUCAUAGCUGUGUCCCAUUCCAGCGACCGCAGUAUGUAGUAAUGUAU